AUGGUGAAUAGUAGUAGUAGUAGUGGUAAUAAACCGCCGAAAAUGAAGCUGAAGCAACAGUCACAGCAACAAAAUGAAAAUGUUGCAGCAAAAUCGGCGUCAAAUGAAAACACAAAUCAGGCACAGAAAUCGACACAAAUUGAAGCCAAUGGAAAUUCCACAACGUCAAAACAAUUGGGACAAAAGACACAGAAUGGACAACAAACAGUGACCACACCUGCAUCAACAACAACACCAACAUCCCAAUCAGUUACACAGACCCCCAAACAGAAGUCCAACAAAAACAAACAACAACAACAGCAGCAGAGUAAUUCGGAAAAUACCAAUCCCGGUGGCAAGGCGGGGAAAUACGUCAAAUCCACGUCAUAUCGUAACUCCUCACACAGUUAUGCCCAGACCGUGGGUGGCAACUCCAAGAAGACCUACAACAAACCUCAACCCUUGGCCGCCUUCAAUGAUAAUCUGCCGCUGCCCCGAGGAGGAGGAGGCGAAGUGCAAAAAGACAAAUCAAAACAGCCUAGCCCUGCCGAUCUCUUAACUGCAGCCCUAACCAAAUCCUGUGCCAAAUGUCAAAAACCCACAGCAUUGGCUGUGAGCAACGGCAACGAAUACAUGGACCAAAAUAAUUGCAACACCAUAGGACAUCACUUGAAUCCCAAACAAUAUCGUAAAUCCAAAUCCUAUGUCAAUUCAUCGCGUUAUUCCUCAAAUGGUGAUCUAACACAACGAUCAGGGGGCUCCUCUUCGUCGUCGUCGUCCAACAAUCACAACAAUAAUCGCCAUCACUAUCAUCGUUCACAAAGUGAUCGUCGCAAUUCGUUUGAUCGUCACUUUGCCGAACGCAACAAGAAUUUCGUACCCAUCGAAGCUCCGGCUCGGCCAAUUUUGGCCUCAUCUAAUAUUGCAGCUGUCAUCGCCGAUACCGAGAAAAUGGUGAUAAUUGAACGUCUGGGGAAAGGACGGCAUACGUAUCCCAUAAUGCAG